UGAUGAGAAGAACGAUGACACAUGUGUCACUUCAAUAUUAUAUCUAUAUACUUGUACAUACACACAGAUCAUUCUCAUAGUCAAUUUCUUCAAACACCCAAAUUAGCAAUCACCCCCUUCCGUCAAAUUCAACUCAAAAUUACACAGAGAGAGAGGGAGAGAGGGAGAGAGAGGAAGAGAGGGAGGGAGGGAGAGAGAGAGGAAGAGAGAGUUCUCAAUGGGUACAUCUUGGAGCAGCAACAACACAAACAGAAGAAGAAACCAAAACAAUCAAUACCCACCAUCUCAACUAAUCUCAUCUUCAACUAGUUACACUUCAUACCCACCUGACCCUUAUGCUAACCCCCCACAGCCUUACCCACCUUACCAAACUCAUCAGCCACCUAUGUACUACUAUUCUGGUGGAUACACUGCGCCCAAUUAUCAGUUUCCCUUGAUGGGUCGCUCUAAUUUUGGGUAUCAGAAUCAGGGCUGGGGUGCAGUUAGGCCUCCGGUGGCUGUUCAUGAGCCUGCGGUGUUCGUCGAGGAGCAACAAGCUAAGAAAGUGAGAAAUGAUGUGAAUGUGCAUAAGGAUACGAUUAAGCUUGUGGUGGAUGAGGAUGACCCUGAUCGGUAUUUGAUUACGUUUAUAUUCGAUGCAAUGUUUGAUGGCAGCAUUACUAUCAUUUACUUUGCCAAGGAGGAACCUAAUUGUAAGAUUGUUCCAGUAUUUCCUGAAUCUUAUAAACCCGUGAAAGUUCCUUUUCAAAAAGGAGCUGGCCAGAAGUUUCGUCAGCCUUCUAGAACAGGAAUCGAUUUGGCUUUCUUCGGGGUCGAUUAUCCAUCAAAAUUAGAGGAAGAUGUACUUCCGCUUGUUAUAUCUGCUGAAACGUAUUUGCCUUCUCUUUUGGCUGAUGAACAAUCUAGUGAUCAUCCCCCAAAUCCGUCACCUCGCAGGCAGAUUACUCAAGCUGUGCUGGAAGAGAAAGAUGGAGAGCCUUUCAUAGUAAGAGUUAUCAAGCAGAUAUUAUGGAUUGACGACGUGCGGUAUGAGCUCCGUGAAAUAUAUGGAAUCGGAAACUCUGGAGAAGCCAUAAGCGGCAAUGACUCAGGAAAAGAGUGUGUUAUUUGUAUGACUGAACCUAAGAAUACUGCUGUGCUUCCAUGCCGACAUAUGUGUUUGUGUAGUGAGUGUGCAAAAACAUUGAGGCUUCAAUCAAACAAGUGCCCUAUCUGCCGCCAACCCAUUGAGGAGCUCAUGGAGAUAAAGAUUGAUAACGACGGUCAGUGAGAGAUUAUAUGGUUAAUGAUUUCUUUUUGAGAGUGUAGAAUACAGUUACACUUUUCAUUUUGUGCAGUCCCCUUGUAUACAUGUAUGUUAUCAUAUUUUCCCCUGCUGUUGUGUAGCAUUUGUUUGAUGUAUAUAUCUGGGAGCUUACUCAGUUGCAUGUGGGCUCUUUCAUGUACAUAUUUAUGUGAAGGAAUUUGAUCAUACAAUAUUUUAAAAAAUGAGGAGAAUUUAGGAGCACAUUCUUUCUGUCUAAACAUUUAUUUAACUUUAAUGUACGUAUAAUCUAUUUUCCACUGA